AUGGAAGGAGAUCGGCUGACGCCGGCGCCGGGGCUGCUGCCGUUGUCGAAGCACCGCUGCAAGGUGUGCAGCAGGAGCUUUCCGUCAGGGAGAUCUUUGGGUGGCCACAUGAGGUCUCACGUCAACGUGGCCGCCAAGUCGCCCUCGUCUGACGAGCGGCGGAGGGAGAACGCCAGGAAGACUCGGAAGCGAUCGGAUUCCAGCGGUGGAGGUGGAGAGGUGCAGUGCAAGGAGUGCGGGAAAGAGUUCCUGUCCUGGAGAGCGCUCUUUGGGCACAUGAGGCGCCACUCCGAGAGACCUUACGAGGAGAGAGGAGAGCGUGACGGCUCCUGCAGCAAUGCCGACCAUUGCAAUAGCCUCGAGAACCAAUUCGACAGCGAGGCCGCAGCAGCAACCGUUUCACGGAAGAUGCUCUCGAAGUGGAUCGGUCUGGCCUCUGUUUGCUCCUCUUCAGCUUGCCAGUACGAGCCCGAGGACGAGGACGGCGCCAUCAGCCUCGUGCUGCUCUCGAAGGGUGUCAGACACUGGAGCGGCAGCUGCAGUGAGUCUCCGAACAAGGAUUCAGAGGUUCCUGAGAGCUCGGACUUUGUCUCAGAUGGCAGUGAGAAGAAGGGAUUCGAGUUAGAUGAUUUAAGAACCGAGUUCAAGAAGGUGGAAUCUGAUGCUUCCGAUGCUGGGAUUGUUAGGGAUGACAUGAACCCUGAUUGCUCCAAGCAAGAUCUGAGCUCUGCUAUUACCGAACCAAGCAUGAAGCCUGGAUUCGAUGCAAGUGGUGUUCGACUCGGAAAGAAUUCUUCAAGCACACUGGAGAGAUCGGAUGGUUGCUCGGACAAGGCCACCAAGAAGAGAAGCUGGUUCGACUGCAAGCCCUGCAACAAGGUUUUCCGCUCCUACCAAGCUCUCGGAGGCCACAGAGCAAGGCACAAGCGGAUGAAAGGCUGCCAUGGCCACAGGCUCCAUGGCGUUGACAACAGCAUGGAGACAGAUGGUUCGAUUAAUGGAACAGCAACGGAGGAAACCUUCGGUCGCCAUGGAUCACCCAAGUCGAACAAGGGUCAUCGGUGUCCGAUCUGUAGUAAGUUCUUCAGCUCCGGCCAGGCUUUGGGCGGUCACAAGAGGUCUCACUUGGUGGCAAACACUGCUUGCCCCGUUGUGAUUCCUCGCCAGCCAUUCAAGAUGUCCCAGUUGCUCGAUCUCAACCUUCCUGCUAAUGGAAGCGACGACUAUGGUGGACGGGAGUCAACCUCAAGCACGAGCUACUGUUUCAUCCACUAA